AUGAGAACCUCUGAAAGUGAAAAAAUUACCUGCACAGCAUUAAAACACUUAAAAAACUAAAAAUUAUAUGAAAUACUCUUGCUCAAAGAGAGAGUGGCUCUCUUAUAAAAAGAAUCAGAAACCAUAUAGUAAAGAGCGAAUCCUCUUAAGUCUAAACUACUCAAAAAUGUAGAGGAAUCAAAAAGGCUCUAUGAAGAUAUAAAAUAGAAAGAAUAAGAAUAUAAAUAAUUCAUUUAAAGUUAAAAGGAAAAAGAAUAUAAUGAAAAAAGAUAGAAAAGGAACUUUAUUCAGUUUGUUUCAAAUGAAGCAUUAAAGUUUGCUCGAGAGCAUGCCUAAUAGGAAAAAAAAGAAUAAGCCUAUCAAAUAAAAUUGCUUCAUCAAUAAGAUAAACUAAAAAUAAAAAUGAAUAAGGAUUAGCUAAUUCAUGAAAAAUAAAUAAAUAAAUUAUAAGUGAUAAACUCGGAAAAGCAGGCUUAGUAGAGAAUAAAAGAAUUUUAGGAUAAUAGGUAAUAAAAAUUUUAGAAUAUAACUUCCAUUGAAAAGUCUUUGAUAUAAUAAGAAUUAGAUAGUAAAGAUCAAGAAUUAAAAGCCCUUGAAGAAUUGGAAAUGAGAUAUUUACAAAAAUUGUAAUAAAGCAAAUCUUAAUAGCUCUAAUUUAAAAAUUAAAUCAAGGAUGCAAUGGAACUUAAGGUUGAGGAUUAUAAAAAGAAAUACCCAAAAAUAGGGAAAUGA